GAUGAGACUUGUUAUCUCGGUAUCCUUAACUCCUUUCCUUCUCUCCCACCUGGUUUCCAGCUCAUUUCCUAUUUCUUCUCGGCCACUCACGUCGUGAUCGUUCGCUAUAAAAGGAGAGCAGAAGACGCCUCCUCCGAUCUUGGGUUCACCUCACCCUCCUGGCCUUUUCUUCUUUAUAUAAGUCGCCGGGUUGAAGUGCAUCGCACCACCUCCUGUCCUGCCUGGUUAGUUUGCACAGAAGCGCGUUCUUCUCUCGUCUCCAAGAAAGCGCCGCUCUUUCUCUCGCGUUCUCUUCGCUCCGGUCAGGUCCACCCUUCCAUGGCCAUCGCCUCCCGCGUCCCGAAGAGCGUGCUGUCCACCUUCGCCGCAGCCAAGCUCCCGGAAGCGGCCGCGGCCGCCGGAGAGGCGGUCGCCGCGGUGCCGGUGGCGCCGUCCGAGAGGAAGGUGCUCGAGUUCGAGGACACCAGGAGGCUGUUCGCCGGGGAGCCGUCGUCGGUGCUGGUGCGCACGCUCACGGCGCUGCAGGCGCUGUCCGUGGCGCCCCUGGUGGACGCCGCCACCGCGGCGCUACGGUGGCCGGCGGUGGCCGGCAGCGCGCUGGGCCGGGCCGCAGCUAGGGCCACUGCGUACAGGCACUUCUGCGGCGGCGAGACCUCGGACGAGGCCGCGGACGUCGUGCGCCGGCUGUGGCGGGGCGGCAUGGGCGGCAUCCUGGACUACAGCAUCGAGGACGCCGAGGACGGCGACGCGUGCGACCGCAACGCCGCCGGAUUCGUCGCCGCCGUCGACGUCGCCGCCGCGCUGCCGCCGGGCUCGCUGCCGGUGCAGGCAAGCGUGUGCAUCAAGAUCACGGCGCUGUGCCCGAUCGCGCUGCUGGAGAAGACGAGCCACCUGCUGCGGUGGCAGCACAAGCACCCAUCGUUCGUCCUGCCGUGGAAGGCGCACUCAUUUCCAAUCCUGUCUGACUCCAGCCCGCUCUACCUCACGGCGUCGGAGCCGCCGGCGCUGACGGCGGAGGAGGAGCGCGAGCUCCAACUCGCGCACGAGCGGCUGCUGGCGGUGGGCGCGCGGUGCGCGGAGCACGGCAUCCCGCUGCUGGUGGACGCCGAGUACGCCACGGUGCAGCCGGCCAUCGACUACUUCACGUUCGCGGGCGCGCUCGCGUUCAACGGUGGGGGCGCCGGGGACAGCGAGCGGCCCAUCGUGCACGGCACCAUCCAGGCGUACCUCCGCGACGCACGGGACCGGCUGGAGGCCAUGGUGGGCGCCGCGGAGAGCGAGCGCGUGCGCCUCGGUCUCAAGGUCGUGCGCGGCGCAUAUAUAGCCCGCGAGACCCGGCUGGCCGCCUCCCUGGGCGUGCCGUCGCCCAUCCACAGCAGCAUCCAGGACACCCACGACUGCUACAACGGCUGCGCCGCCUUCCUCCUCGACCGCGUCCGCCGUGGGUCCGCCUCCGUCAUGCUCGCCACCCACAACGUCGAGUCAGGCCAACUCGCGGCGGCGCGUGCGCAGGAGCUAGGGAUCGCGAAGGGCGACCAGAACCUGCAGUUCGCGCAGCUGAUGGGUAUGGCGGACGGGCUGUCGCUGAGCCUCCGCAACGCCGGGUUCCAGGUCAGCAAGUACCUGCCGUACGGGCCGGUGGAUCAGAUCAUCCCCUACCUGAUCAGGCGCGCCGAGGAGAACAGAGGCCUGCUCUCCUCCUCCUCCUUCGACCGGCAGCUGCUCCGGAAGGAGCUGGUGAGGAGGGUUAAGGCCGCCGUGGUGGGACGAGAGUGAAGUGUUCUUCCGGAGCCUAGCUGUCAGACUGGGGGACGGGGGAGUAGAAGCUGUAAAUACUCCCUUCAGUCUUCAGACAUUGAUGUACCGGAGGAUAUUGGGUGAAUAAAUGGAUGAAUGGAAUAAUGUGUUCUCGUGGA